AUGGCCGCGAUUCCAGCUCUUGUUACCGCUUCUACGAAAUUGCAUAACACCACCGGUUUAACGGAUGAAAGCCACGACUGUCAAAUACGCGAUCACGUUGCAUACUGCAGAAAUUUGCUCUCAACCAAGGCUCUCAGCUCUAUUUCUCGCGAUGAGUCGGUGCUGGAUCCUCAUGAUAGAACUUUGAUCCAAGACGGGAUUCUAUCGUCUAUCUCUUUCUUCUCCGUCUGCAAAUCCAAACCCUCCAGGAAACGUCCCAUGGAACAUUGCCUCGGGAUUUACUACCCCCGGGGAAGACUAUGGUCGAAAGCUGUGCGCUAUCUGGAGACCUUCAAUCCGGUUCAAAUCAGAUAUGCUGGCCAGGAGUUUCGCCAACUAAUUGAAUAUCCUUUGCUAGCUACUCGCCCAAUUAGGGAAGCAAUACUUCGACUUGACCCGUCGUGUGCUGUUUUCACGUCCACUCACCUCCUGUUCGUCCAGCUUUGUUUGCGGGCCAAGGCAUAUGCUUGUGCACUACCGGUUUUGGACAAACACGUCUGCCAUUUCCCUGCUCCAUCUAGCCGUGCCUCUUCGAAAUCUUCUUUGGCUCUCUGUGCAAAACACGAAUCGGGUCUCUCAUUUAUUACUGAUUCCUCUGCGCUAUCGGCUACGCUGACAUACAAGGACUAUCUGCUAUAUUUUCUUUACGGUGGAAUGAUCUACAUGGCGCUAAAAGAGUGGCGGAAGGCUUUUCAUUUUCUGGGUGUUGUGAUCUCGAUGCCAACAGUCGGUUCAAUUAGUAUGGUCAUGGUAGAGGCCUACAAGAAAUGGGUCUUGGUGGGAUUGCUUGCGAAUGGCAAGCUAUCUUCACCUCCCAACAACACUCCUUCUCACCUGGUCAAGCUAUACCAGUCAAUUGCUAAGCCCUACGUUAGCCUUGCUCAAGCCUUUGAGCGUGGUGAGAUGCAAACACUCGUGGCAGAAGUAGAUGCUGCUCGAGACAUUUGGAUCAUGGACCGCAAUAUGGGCCUGGUCUCUCAGGUCGUGAAUACUUUUUCGGCGCAUGCCCUCGUCAGACUGCGGAAAACAUUUGCCGCUUUGACUGUGGCCGAAGUCCUAGAGCAGGUGCCGCAUUUGCCAGCGGAUCCCAUAGCCACCGAGUCAGUGAUUGCGCCCCUCAUAAUGUCCGGUGCUAUGAAUGCCACAUUGGUGCAUUCUCCCUCUCAUACGAGUGAUACAAUGCUGCGACUUUCGGGUAAACCUUUCUUUUCCCAGGUGUCCCAUGAAAGCCAUAUGCAGGUUCGCUUCCGAAAAGAGGGACAGUUGAUGACUGCGCUUAUGGGCAGUCUUGAGGAGACUAAUCGCGCCAUGGCAUUGAGUGAUGAAUUUGUGGACGCUUCAUCCAAGGGUCAAGCAUGGACAACUGCCUCCGAGGUAAAUCAAGGAGUGGGUGACGAUUUCGGGCUUGAUAUGGAUGAGGACAUAAUGGGUGGGUAA